AGGCUGAGCAGAGCCUGAGAUCACCUGAGAGUACCUGAGGUCACCUGAGAGUACCUGAGAUCACCUGAGAGUACCUGAGGCUUUCCGAGAGACAACAAUUCAGUGAAGAUGAGACCAUGGUCCCAGUACUAACCUCCAGAAAGGCCAGUGAACUCCCCGUCAACGAAGUUGUGUGUGUCCUGCAGGCGGACCUGCAGGUGGGUCUGUUGGAGGAGGAGGUGAACCGGAGGAGAGCAUACCACGGCUGGAACGAGUUUGACAUCAGUGAGGAGGAGCCGCUAUGGAGGAAGUACAUCUCACAGUUCAAAGAUCCUCUCAUCAUGCUGCUUCUGGCGUCGGCCGUCAUCAGCAUCCUGAUGCGGCAGUUCGAUGACGCCAUCAGCAUCACUGUGGCCAUCAUCAUCGUGGUGACGGUCGCCUUCGUCCAGGAAUAUCGCUCAGAGAAGUCUCUAGAAGAACUCGGGAAGCUGGUUCCUCCAGAAUGUCACUGCAUCAGGGAGGGGAACCUGGAGCACCGUCUGGCCCGUGAGCUGGUUCCUGGAGACACCGUAUGUCUAUCGGUGGGGGAGAGGGUCCCGGCAGACCUGCGCCUCGUGGAGGCAACCGACUUGUCCGUGGAUGAGUCCAGUCUGACGGGGGAGACGUCGCCCUGCUCCAAGUCAACCCUCCCCCAGCCAGCCUCCUCCAACGGAGACAUCGCAUCCCGCAGCAACAUCGCCUUCAUGGGGACACUGGUGCGCUGCGGCCGGGCCAAGGGCAUCGUGAUCGGGACCGGAGAGAAUUCAGAGUUUGGGGAAGUUUUCAAGAUGAUGCAAGCAGAAGAGGCUCCUAAAACCCCGCUGCAGAAGAGCAUGGACCUGCUGGGGAAGCAGCUGUCGCUCUACUCCUUCGGCAUCAUUGGAGUGAUCAUGCUGGUGGGAUGGCUGCAGGGGAAGAGGAUCCUCGACAUGUUCACCAUCGGAGUCAGUCUGGCGGUGGCGGCGAUCCCUGAGGGAUUACCGAUCGUGGUGACGGUGACGCUGGCGCUCGGUGUGAUGCGCAUGGUGAAGAAGAGAGCCAUCAUCAAAAAACUCCCCAUCGUAGAGACGCUGGGCUGCUGUAACGUGAUCUGCUCAGACAAAACGGGAACUCUGACGAAGAACGAGAUGACGGUCAUUCAGCUGUUCACGUCGGACGGACUCCACGCCGAGGUGACAGGUGUGGGCUAUAACGGAGCCGGAGACGUGUUGGUGGACGGGGAAAUCAUCCAUGGCUUCUCCUGCCCCUCCGUCAGCAAGAUCGUGGAGGUUGGAUGUGUGUGUAACGACUCGGUCAUCAGGAAUCAGAAUUUGCUGGGACGACCGACGGAGGGAGCGCUCAUCGCCCUCGCCAUGAAGAUGGGUCUGGAGGGUUUGCAGCAGGACUUUGAGCGUGUGGAGGAGCUUCCCUUCUCCUCGGAGCAGAAGUGGAUGGCGGUGCGCUGCGUUCACCGCACGCUGCAGGAUAAGCCUGCAGUGUACUUCAUUAAGGGGGCCUACGAGCAGGUGAUCCGUCUCUGCAGCUGCUACAACAGCAGAGGCUCCACCCUCCCCCUGAACCACCAGCAGAGGGAGCUGUACCAGCAGCAGAUCAGCUACAUGGGCUCUGCAGGCCUCAGGGUGCUGGCGUUUGCGUCUGGCUCGGAGCUGGGCAGCCUGACCUUCCUGGGUCUGGUGGGCAUCAUCGACCCCCCGAGGUCGGGGGUCAAAGAGGCCAUCGGGAAGCUUAUCAACUCCGGGGUCGCCAUCAAGAUGAUCACCGGGGACUCGCAGGAGACCGCCGUGUCCAUCGCCAGUCGCCUGGGUCUGUACUCAAAAGGCUGCCGCUGUCUCUCCGGAGAUGAGGUGGAUCGCCUGGACCUGCAGCAGCUCUCCAGCGUCGUCUCCAGGAUAGCCGUGUUUUAUCGAGCCAGUCCCCGACACAAGCUGAAGAUCGUCAAGUCUCUGCAGAACAUCGGCGCCGUGGUGGCCAUGACGGGCGACGGCGUGAACGACGCCGUGGCGCUGAAAGCGGCCGACAUCGGCGUGGCGAUGGGUCGGACCGGCACCGACGUCUGCAAGGAGGCGGCCGACAUGAUCCUGGUGGACGACGACUUCCAGACCAUCAUGUCCGCCAUCGAGGAAGGAAAGGGGAUUUAUAACAACAUCAAAAACUUUGUGCGCUUCCAGCUGAGCACGAGCAUCGCUGCUCUGACGCUCAUCUCCUUGGCGACGCUGAUGAACUUCCCUAACCCGCUGAACGCCAUGCAGAUCCUGUGGAUCAACAUCAUCAUGGACGGCCCCCCCGCACAGAGUCUUGGCGUGGAACCGGUGGAUCAGGAUGUGAUCCGGCAGCCCCCCCGUAACGUGCGGGACAGCAUCCUGACGCGCAGCCUGCUCAGCAAAGUGCUGCUGUCAGCGCUCAUCAUCGUCUGCGGGACGCUCUUCGUCUUCUGGAGGGAGUUGCAGGACAACGUGAUCACUCCUCGAGACACGACGAUGACUUUCACCUGCUUCGUCUUCUUCGACAUGUUCAACGCGCUCAGUUCCCGCUCUCAGACUCGGUUGGUGUAUGAGCUGGGUUUUUGCAGUAACAGGACGUUCUGUUUCUCGGUCCUGGGCUCCAUCAUGGGUCAGCUGCUCGUCAUCUAUUUCCCCCCCCUGCAGAGCGUCUUCCAGACCGAGAGCCUCAGUAUCACAGACCUGCUGUUCCUGGUGAGCCUCACCUCCUCCGUGUGCGUCGUCUCCGAGGCCGUCAAGGUGUUGGAAAGGUGGAGGGGAGCCCCGAGGAGCCCCCCCUCCGACUGCUUCCACGAGGUAUGACCUCCUCCCCCGCUGACAGCAGGACCUAGAGGAGGAGGAGGAGGAGGAGGAGGAAGGAGCCUCACAAUUGAUGGCACUGACUAAAUCAAGUUUCCUGAUGUGAGGAGGAGGAGCUCUGGUCUGUGACUGGAGCAAGCUCCCAGCCUCGGGGGGGGGGAGGGGUUAGAUGUUGAGGACCUCAAAGUGUCCCCAGCACAUAGAAGCUGCCAGAUGCUAACCUGCAGAUGUUGGAGCAUUAAUUAGCAUAAAUGCAGACAGUAGCUAAAACAUGGUUUGAGGAUUCUGAAUCCAUUCCUGACAUCUACAGGAUCAGAAAGGGAUUCAGAAUCCUCAAUAUCCUCCAAAACCAUAGCUUUAGUUUUGCUAAUGAACGCAGCAUCUGCAGGUGAGCCUCCGGCAGCUUCUCUGAGCUGGAGACCGCUGCUCUACAUCUCUAUCAUAAACACUAUGGGGUCUUCCACAUCUCCCGGUUCCCAGCAGGACUCUAUGAACUGGUUAACGGACUGUCAGUGGACUGGACUUUUGUUAAACUGGGGGCAAGAUGGACGCUGCCCUGCACAGCUGGAGCCCCCCCCAUCGUGCUUUAGGACAGUCUCUUCUCCCCGAAGGACGGAGGAGACGUGCAGUUCUUCUUUUUUAAUCUUCAGAAGGUGUUGACCACUUCUCCACACUUCAUGCUCUCUGUUAUUCCUCUGUGGGGGGGUUAUGGGUGGAGGUGUAACGGCACUCACUCACGUCUCCGGCUCGCUGAAAUACUUCAUUGAGGUUCAAGUAAAUUCUGAAGCUCAUUCGACGUCAACAUUAUUUUAAUAAUAAUUAUUUAUGUUAGUCACACUUUUCAAUUGAAUGAUUCAUUUUCAUUCUGCAGUUAUUUAGUUUGACCAAAAUAAGUGUGAUGUUACUGGGAUGUCGUUUGUCCCGCGCUGAAGAUCGCUCAUUUGAUGAUGAGUAUUUAUUGUUAGCAGCCGGACUUCCUCUCUCUUCUGUUGACACCAAAACAACACAUUUAUAACUUUGAGAAUCAAACAAAAUCUAAAAGGGUAAAGCUCUCCAAUAGACGGGAUAUUAAUUAAUCAGGUUCAAAUAAAUUGACUUUUAUUUCAAGGUUUUCUUUCUAUAAUAUAUUUAGUUUUUGGACAAAAAUAGCUUUAUUAUGUUUAAGGAAAGGGGGGGGGGGGGUGUUUUUACAAUAGUAAAUAUCAUUAGAAUAAGAGAUCGACCCUCAGAUUGUUUUAUGUGAUUCAAACAUUAUUAUUAUUACACUAUUCUUCUGAUCCACUCCAUUUCAGUAGGGGGGUUUGUCGUCCCAUGCUGCAUCUUUAAAUCAACUUUCAUGAAAAUCUGUGUUUCCAGGAUCCGGCAGAAAAAGAGACAAAUGUACUAUUUUAUUAUUUCCUUUGGGUACGGACCAACAGAGGGGAAGUACAGGUGAAAAGUGACCAAAAGAUCAGAUAAAAAACCAGUGAAUUGGUAAUGGCCGUGUCGUUACACCUCCACUCCACGGGCUUGUUUUCUGUGAUCUGUGCUUGUUCUUCCUGAGCACACUGGUGUUUAUUUAAAUUUAAAUGGUAUUUGUACAGCUGAUGACAAAUGCUUUUUUUUGUCAUAUUUAAUAUAAAUAAAUAAAGUUCCUGUUGAAAAUCCUGACGCUAAAAUGUGGACUGAGGCCUCCAAACGCACUGCGCGGUGCGUUCAGGGUACAAACACGUCCUAGUAAAGAUGCGUGUUCUCAUCCUGUGCCUUAGAGACGUCAUUUUAAAUAUCUCCAAUAGAACAACCCUUUAAUCAGUGUCAGCACUUAAAGGAUUUCACAAGAGAACCCCCUCAAAAUAUUAAGAGGUUUAUUUACCAUUUUUAUUAAAUGUGGAUGUAUUCUUUUCUUCAUUGGGGGCUCUUCUCUUUAAAACGUGGUGCUUUCUGGGAAAUGUAGUUCUAGCCGUUGAAGAUUUAAUUUAUUUGGGGUUUUGGCCUGAAAACAUGAACACUAGAAAAUAAAAUAUAUUUUCACUCUG